AUGUUGCAACAAAUCAAGAAAUUAAUCAACCCGGCAACCAUUGGUCAUUCAUUGAAUUCCCUUUCAGAAUCAUCUGAAGAAUUAAUGAGUCCUGCUGCCUUCAAAUUAAAGAAGAAGCAAUUAUCCCUCGAUAAGUGCACCCCACAACAUGGAAUGGCAAUUCCUUCCUCCCCAACAACUGUUGGUACACCAUGUACACCGUGCAGUUUACCUAAUUCUCCCCUGAAUAGUUGUGGCCAACAUCAUCAUUCCUCCUCUCUUCCCAGUGCCAUUUCAACCAAUAUGCAUCAUCAUCAUUCAGGAGUGGCGGUGGAAAAACAAAAAACACCUCGAAUGAAAAUGCAAUCGAUCGGUCAACCUAAUGUUGUUGUGGUUUCUGAUGCUGCUGCCGAAGAAAAAUCAUCCUCGUUGGCACCUCUGAAUUCCAUUGAGGCAAUUUUAGAACAUUUCAAAAGAUCCGCUUCGAGCAUAAAGGAAAAUAUGGUCUCUGAUCAUACGACGUCGACCACUCCAUUAACAAAAACAGAACAUGAAGCAUUGGACUACAUCGAAGAGGAACACAAGAUUUACAAUGACUAUGGAUUGUUGCGACCCGUACGACAAAGAGAUGACUUGCACAUUGCUUUGGCUUUACCUUCAAAUUUGAACAGAAAGCGUAUGAAUUGA